AUGAAAUAUAUAAGAAUAAUUUUAUUUUCUAUGUUUUUUCCAAUAAAAACAUACAGUUUUAUUUCUAGUUUAAAUUUAAUAAAAUUAAAAUAUAAUUGUUACAACAUUACUUUAAACAAAUUAAGAAGUGGAUAUAUUUCCUUUAAUGAACUCUAUAAGAAAAAAAAAAAGAAUUAUGCUCUUUUUUCAAAAAAAAUAAAUAAAAUGGAUAUUAAAAAAACAGAAACAGUAGAGAAAUUAAUAGAAAGAUAUAAUCAGGAAAUAUCUACUCUGAUUGAAAGAAACGAAUCCAUUAGAAAUAUAAGUGAUGAGGAAUUACAGAGAGAAUAUGAAAAUAAUGAAAAAUUAUUAGAAGAAAAAAAAAAAAAAUUAAAUGAUUUGUAUAUAGUACCAAGUGAACCAUUAAAAUUAAUUGAAAAUCGCUCUAAAUUAGAAAAUUUAAUAAAAAGAAAAUUUUUUUACACUAAUGCAUUUGAAAUAUAUGGUGGAACAUCAGGAUUAAUUGAUUAUGGUCCAUCUGGAUGCUUGUUAAAAUCAGAAUUAGAAAAACUAUGGAGAUAUCAUUUCAUAUAUUACGAUGAAAUGCUAGAAAUAUCAAGCACUUGUGUUACACCUUAUAAUGUUUUAAAAACUUCUGGUCACGUUGAUAGGUUCACUGAUUUAAUGGUGAGAGAUUCAGUUACUAAAGACUGCUAUAGGGCAGAUAAAUAUUUAUCCGAAUUUUUAAAUAAUAAAAUAGAAGAAUUAAAGAAGAAAGUGCAAGAACAAAAUGAAGUACAAAAUAAAAAAGAAAAAAAAAACUUAGGAAAUGAAGAGAGUAAUGUAAUAUACGAAAAAGAAGAAAUUGUUAAAGAGAUAGAAGAUAUUGAAUUAAUAAUAAGAAAAUUAGAUGGUAUGAAUCCGGAAGAAAUAAAAGAAGUAAUAAAGAAAUAUGACAUUAAAUCACCAGCAAAAAAUAAUUUAUCAGAUCCUUUUCCUUUUAAUUUAAUGUUUCAAACAAAAAUUGGUCCUAAAGAUGAAAUAGAAAGUAAUGUAAAUGAAAAAAAAAAAAAUAAUGAAAAGGAUAUGAAUUUAAGUAGUAUUGCAUAUUUAAGACCUGAGACAGCUCAAGGUAUUUUUGUAAAUUUCCGAAAAUUAUUAGAAUAUAAUGGUGGAAAAAUGCCAUUUGCUGGUGCACAAAUAGGAUUAGGAUUUAGAAAUGAGAUAUCUCCUAGAAAUGGUUUGUUGAGGGUUAGAGAAUUUCAAAUGGCUGAGAUUGAAUAUUUUGUAAAUCCAAAUAAGAAAUUUCAUGAAAAAUAUUAUUUAUUUAAACACUUAAUGCUACCUCUAUUCCCAAGAGAUAAUCAGUUAACUAGUAAAUUAAUCAUAAAAAAUUUAACUAUACAAGAAGCUGUCGAACAAAAAAUAAUAGGUAAUGAAGCUUUAGCAUAUUUUCUUGCUAGAACUUAUUUAUUUUUAUUAAAAUGCGGAAUUAAUAAAGAUGGAAUAAGAUUUCGACAGCAUUUAAAAACAGAAAUGGCUCAUUAUGCUAGUGAUUGUUGGGAUGCAGAAAUUUUAACUUCAUAUGGUUAUAUAGAGGUUGUUGGGCAUGCCGAUAGAUCUGCUUAUGAUUUGAAAAGUCACAUGGAAUCCACUGAUUCCAAUUUAUAUGCAUGUGAGAAAUAUAAUGAACCUAUAGAAGUAGAAUAUGUUAAAGUUUUUCCAAAUAAAGCCAAAAUAGGAAGUAAAUUUAGAAAUGAUCAAAAUAUAAUAUAUAAAGCUUUAAAUGAAAAAAGUAAUGAAGAUUUGUUAAACAUAGAUGAAGAAUUAAAUAAAAAUAACAAAUAUAUUCUAAAAGUAUGUAAUGGCCCAACUAGUGUAUUAUCAUUUGAAUUAACUAGAGAUAUGGUUACUUUUCAAAAAUGUACAAAAAAAGUGCAAGAGGAAAAUUUUAUACCUAAUGUUAUUGAACCUUCAUUUGGUAUAGGAAGACUUAUUUUUUGCAUUUUAGAGCACUCUUUUAGAAUUAGAUCAUUUACUGAUGAUAAAGAAGAAAGAAAUUAUUUAUCAUUACCAUAUAAGUUGGCCCCAAUAAAAUGUUCUAUAUUGUCUAUAUCAAAUAAUAAAGCAUUUUAUCCUCACAUAAAACAAAUUCAAAUGCUAUUAAAUGAAUUUGAUAUAUCAUCAAAAAUAGAUAAUUCUAGUGUAUCUAUUGGAAAAAAAUAUGCUAGAACUGAUGAAAUUGGUAUACCAUUUGCUGUUACUAUUGAUUUUCAAACAUUAAAAGAUAGAACCAUUACAUUGAGAGAAAGAGAUUCAAUGCUACAAAUAAGAAUUGAUAUAAAUUCGAUAGUUGAAAUUAUCAAUUCAUUAAUACACCAAAAGAAAACAUGGAAUGAUUAUAUAUCCAAUUAUGGAUUAUUUACUCAACAAAAUUUAUAG